ACGUGCAAAGUUGUGCGGCUUUCUGCUGAGGGAGUUAUCCAGCGGAACCCCCCCCUCGAAUAAACAUGAGUCCACGGCGAGACAUGGGGCCGCUCCGGUGCGUGGGACUCACCGCGCUUCUCCUGUGCACAGUGGUGGAUAGCAAGGUGAUCCUGGAGGGCCUGCAGAGGUACGGCCCCACGCCAAUCUAUCUGCCUGUCAGCUACCAGAUUCUCAAUGCGGAGUCAGCGUUCUUCCUACAAGAGGCAAACCAGGACUUAAUGAGGAACUCCAGCCUGCAGGCUCGCACUGAGUCUUUCUUCAUCCACCAGGCCCGACAAAUGCCCUUUGUCAAUGCUAGCUACGGGCCGCUGUCUGUCCAGCAGCCUGUCCCUCUGGAGCUGCUACAGACACUGCCGGGGCCAUUUAACACACCGUCCUUCACUACAUCAUCAGGGCCAACUUCAGCAUCGUCGUCACCGCCUCUCUUUACAUUCAACUGGAAGGUCCACACCUAUAUUAUCAGUGAGAGGAUUCACCCCAGUUGGCCGAAGGUUCAAGUGUUGUUCUACAUUGCGGGGAGGGACUGGGAUGAUUACAGCGCCAUCCACAAGCUGCCCUGUGUCAGGAUGUUCGCCUUCCAUGAGACUCAAGAGGUGCGUGGGACAUGCAGGCUAAAAGGUGAGCUGGGGAUAUGCGUCGCCGAGCUGGAGCCCCUCGCCAGCUGGUUCAGCCUGCCCACUGUCAGGCCGGGUCGGCAGAGGGUCUAUGAGCAGGCCCAGGGCACUCCUGUGGAGCUCUACUACAUGGUUCAAACCACGGACAACGGAGACUGCAACUCAGAGGAUUCAAGAAAGGGCAGCUCUGUUCACCCCGACCAGCAGAGGCCGAUGGGCUAUUUCGCAGGGCACACACCUAUGCAGCGCAUUGGCAGCGUCAGGCUGUUCCAGCCGCUGUCGGAGCUGAAGCUGGACAAUAACUUUGUGGUGAUGGCACCCUCCAAACCCAUCCGGCAGAGAGAAACAGUCUCUACUUAUCUGGCUCUAUCCACACUUUCCUUAGUGCCAAUUUUCACCCUCAGAGUCAAACUGAAGGACGGCGUGGUGUUCCUGGGAGCUAGGGCCAGUAACCCUGUGGCGUGGACGGUGAGCCAGGAUGUCAGAAGUGAAGGUCACAGGGUUGUCACCCUCCACUGUCGGAGGAAGGAGAACAGUUAUAGUCAAAGGGCGGAGGCACCAGGCUACCAGCGAGUGCUGCAGGUGGACCUGGAGGUGAACGGGCUGAUGGUGAUUCAGGGGGGAAGAGAGGUGACGUGGCAGGUGGAGUAUCCGCUCACCCGCACCUUGACCAGUGAGGUGCCAACUCUCAUCCGCCUGGCUCCGCAGGACCUGGGUGGCAUCGUGCCACUAGCCAUGGACACGCAGAUCCUCAACACAGCUGUCCUCAAUGGGCGAACAGUCGCCGUGCCGGUAAAGGUGGUCACCGUAGGAACAGACGGAGCGGUCUCUGAUGUAACCGAGUCGGUGGUGUGCAGGUCAACAGAUGAACAGGUUAUCAAGGUGUCAGAGCGGUGUGACUAUGUGUACGUCAACGGGAAGGAGACAAGAGGAAAGAGCAGGGUGAUGCUCAACUUUACCUACAGUUUCCUCAGCGCCCAGCUGGAGAUGAGUGUAUGGAUGCCCCGCCUGCCCUUGCUCAUCGAUGUGGCCGACCCCGAGCUCAGUCAGAUAAAGGGCUGGAGGGUCCCUGUUAGCAUGGGCAACAGGAGGUAUGAGAGGGUCACUGAUGACAACGGUGAAGACGAUGCAGCUGACGAGAGGCCAGAGAGCAGCUGUGUGGCCCAGUAUCAGAGUACCACCCUGCGGGUCCUCACGCACUUUGUGGCAGACACGGGAGAAGUUGGAGAAGCUGCGGAGGAGGACGGGCUGGGCCAGCAGAACUUCCUGUUGGGUAGUGACUGGCAGGUCGAGGUGACACAGCUGGUCAAGGAUUCUCUGAGGGUGGAGGUCCCGAAGGUUGCACAGCUGCUGGAGGGCCAAGUCCUAAUAGGAGUGAGCGCUGGGACCACCAAACUACAGGUGCUGUCCCCUCUGACAUCAUCAGUCCUGGCUGAGAGGAGCAUCAGGGUGGUGGAUGAUAAAGUGAGUGUGACAGAGCUGGGGGUGCAGUUGGUAUCUGGACUCUCUUUGUCUCUGCAGCUCAGCCCAGGGAGCAACAGGGCCAUCGUCGCCACCGCAACCACACAGGAAUUCUUUGAAUCGCUGAAACAGGAGUCCCUCAUCAGUGCUUGGCUCCAGUUCAGUGAUGGAUCCAUGACUGCUCUAGACAACUACAACCCUGCCCAUUUUAUCCUGACAGCCACCUCUUUGGAUGAACGGGUGGUGGCGGUGCAGCACAGUGCAGCGUGGAAGUGGCCUGUCAUUGUUGCCAAGGGGGAAGGUCAGGGUUUGCUUGUGCGCAUUGAAAUGAGCCCAUCAGAGGUGUGCCAGAAGGGAAAACGACGUGCUAUCUUAGCCACUGGAAUGGCAAACAUACAGACAAGGUUUGGUCAGGCAGAGGAGCAAUACAGACAACCAGGAGACCGGCGAACACGUCCUGAUCCUCCAUAUUAUGGCGGAUCUAUCGCUGACAUGGAAACUGGGUUAAUCAACCGCGGAGCCACAACAAUCAAGGGCCAUGUCCCAGUGAGACCUAAUGGAGGCCGUCUAUCAGCGGACAGCGGGCCCAGGGUCCCAAACGAAUUCUCAGAGUAUCCAGACCAGGCAGAGCUGCCUCGUAGCCGCAGCACUGAUGACGAUUUGUUACCAUCGCGACGAGGCCUGACAGACCUAGAGAUUGGUAUGUAUGCCCUUCUGGGAGUCUUCUGCCUGGCCAUCCUGGUUUUUCUCAUCAACUGCAUCUCUUAUGCAUAUAAGUACCGUAGCAAGCAGCUGUCCCUGGAGGCCCCAGAGACAAUGCCCCAUGCCCACGACUGGGUUUGGCUUGGCCAAGACGAGGGGCUAUGUCUGCAGCAGCAGCAGGACGAGUUGGGCGCUACCCUAGAGGAGGGUAGUCAACUUUUGAAUGGAGGCAUCCAGCGUGGUAAUACCGGUGUGGGAGGCUGUAGUUUGAGUGUGAGGGAUCACAGGAAUGAAUCACUUAACUCACCCACCACCAAGAGAAAGAGGGUGAAGUUCACCACCUUUUCCAAUGUCAAGUCCAGUAAUGGAUGUCCUGUGCUCAGCCCAUUAGCACUAAUGCAGACCAGUGAGAUAAAAUGGGUAUGUCCGGACAUCGAGCUUGGGGACUCAAAGGAUCUUAGGAACUACAUGGAAAAGCUAAAUGAGAAUGCAAUUAAGAACAUUGUAUAGGGGGUGCUGGGUGUUUUCAAUGAACUAAAGAAAAACUCACCUGAAUGCCUUCAGAAUAAAGAGGGGAUGAGGGUUUGAGGGAGGGAAAAAAGGGGGUGAAGAAAACAGACUGGAGCUGCUGUUGAACUGCUUCUUACCACAACAACAGAAUAGCGUGUUGAGCCUCUGUUGUUUCCAUGACAGUACUCAGAAAAGGGUAAAUAAACGGACAACAACACCACAGUAUAGUUAUGAAGGGGAAAAUGUGAACUUGAUAUUGUUGCUUAACUUAAAUGUAUGUCGUUUGUCUUUAAAUUGAAGUUCCAAUUCCCUUUUCUAUGCGCCAUGUACUUUGUUUUUCUUUAUUAUUUCAUCAUGUUUUAAUGUUGUAUUUGUUGUACUUUUUGGGCUUCGUUGAUUUUUUUAAAGAGUUGCUGUACAGUAUGCUCUGUACCACAUGUCAGCAAUUAUAGAUUCUAGGAGAGAAGAGCUAAAAAGCAAAUCUUUUUAUUGUAUAUAAAUGCAGUUUGAUUUGGAGGUAUUAUAGGUAUAGUAAUAUUUUGUAAAGUGCUGUUUGGUUUUGAUUUUGUUUGUUGUUUUCUUUUUGUCUCCAGAAACCAGAACCAUGCAUGAUGUUAUUAAAGAGAAGGCAUGUGUGUCUGAUCUGAAAUGAAAGUGUGUAGAUAACUAAAACCAAUACCUCUGGAGACAUGUCAAUUUAAUAUAAUUACAUUCAUUAAUCCUGGAGCUGAAUUUUGGGUUGGUUUCUGUAUGUUGAUAUUGGUUAAGAAUUUUUGUUAGCCCAUACAUUUUCCCUCCUUAUGUUAAUAGUAAUAUUUAUGCGACCCCUUUUGAUUCAGUUCCAUACGUCACAAAAAGUAGACUUUUUACACUACUUUAAAUCCUGAUAUUACAAAUGGAAAAAGGAAUUAAAUCACAUUCAACAGAAAAACACUGAUCACCAUCAAGAGAAUCAAUAGACAAUCACAUCAAUAAUGUAUGGGUCAAUCCCCUUCAUUUAAAAUGGUCCAUAAAAAUCAGUCCAGUUUACAGUUUGUAUGACCUAGGUGAGGAUCGGUUAACAUUGUUAAUUUCUUUCUACUGUGUGACAUUUUGGAUCCUAGAAAAAGCGUCAUGACAGUGAAUCAACAAACUUUGAAGUGAAAGCCUGAAGUCUUACCUCUUCACUCCUUUUGUCAUAUGUCAGUAUUAGUCAAGUCCAUCUUUUUCUAUCACUGUUUUAAAAUUGGCUGCUGGACUAAUUAAAACUGAAGGUGACUCUUCUCCAUCAUG